GAAAAGCUUUAUUGAUUUUGAGAAGUACAAAUUACAUAAUACAACGAGAUCCCCGUAUUGGGGCGUUGCAGUAAGGGGCUUGACCAAUUCAAUGCAUAUUCUAACACUUACAAUGUAGUACUCCGUGUAUAAGGAAGUUAAUUUACAAAGAAAUUUUUUUGAAAAAGAAAACAAUCAAAUAUUCCACACUUCUCUUUUUAAUUUUUUAUUUUAUUUUAUUUUAUACGUCGUAUGUUUAUAAGAAAAAAAAUCAGGUUAACCCAUUUGAUAAGGCAGACUUAACUCAUCCUUUCAGAUGAUGAGGGAGAAGGAAUGACAAAAAGACGAGAGACGAAAACCAUAACGACAUAGUAGGACAAGAGCUUCAUUUUGCCGCCAAGAAAUCCGCGGCUUGAUUUGCUUCCCGGUAACAAUGAAUGAUCGAAAAUGAAUCCAAAUUCGAUAAAUCCCGACUAGCAUCCUCAACUAUUCCACUAAUCUCCCACACUUUUCUUUGGUUUCUACAAAAAGGGGAUUUAGCAAUAACAAAGGCAAUUUCCUGAUGUACUACUCCAGAUGCCCACUAUUUAUGUAGCAAAAAAUGAGCAUAUAUUCCAAACUUGGCUUUCACAAAAAAGAAAGAAAAACCACUAGCAUACUGAAAUGGACUCACCAAUUGCUGCAAAGAGAAGUGGCCGGUCUUCUUCAUAUGAGAGGCUUCUAGUGAUUAUCUUCGCCAUAGUAGCAGUAAUCUCACCUCUUUACAUUGAUCGAAGAUCUGCAAGUGAACUGGAAGACGAAGAAGAAGAAUCAUCAUUCAACUUGGCAUUUCUCCUGCCUGUCCUUCUCUUGGUUGUGAUCCUGGCCAUUUCUGUUUCCUGCUACCUCGAUCAAAGCAGGUUCGAUCCUUACUGGAUUCACAGAGUUGGGGGUUCUUCUGGUGGGAUCAUUCUCAUUCUUACUAUUCUUCUUCUAGUUUUGAAGUACAAGUCAUGAAGUUACUUCCUAAUUCAAGGAAGGGGAUUCAUUUUAUUUCUUUCUCUCCUUUUUCCAAGUAGUUUAUACUUCAUAUCUGGUCAAAAGUUAUUAGUUUUUUUGUGGUUUGUAUCUGUUUUCAGCACAGCAUGAUUCAAUGAGCUUCUUCUUUUGCUUGCUGCUGGGUUUACACUGUAAUAAUAAAACAUAAUGACACAAAAUUUAUGAUCUGUUUA